CCGGGGUUCUUAGGCCGGCCUCGUCUGUCUCCAUAUCGUGUGUUCAAUCAGCACACUGUCACGAUACAGUAAAGCUUUCAGUAAAUAUACUGUGGCAUUUAACGUAACCCCUUGAACAUUCGCUCCACUAUGUCAGACAUCGCCUCUCAUUAGCCCUAGCAGGACUUCUCUACUUCUGGCGGCAGCUCUGCCAAACGGAGGGUACAGCGACUCCUCAAGGGUUGCAUGGGGAGCGGCGCCUGACGGCAACCGAAAGCCGCCCCCAAAUAAGCGAAAUCGUGUAAACACUGUAACGCAAAACGGUUUUGCGUCAUCGAUCAAUCUGCUCAAGACUCUCCUAUCUCUUCCAUGAGAUCUCUGACAAAAUCCACAAAUCAGCAGGGACCUGAGCGCUCCCAGCACAGUGUCAAUGUUGGUUCAAAUGCCCUGAGCGUCACCAUUCAAGGAGGACGCAGGAAGAUGAAUCCUGCGAAGUUUUCCCGCGCUGAGAGCUCUGCCAAUCCUUACUUGGCUUUACAAUCGCCUUGUCGUCCUCCCAGGGGGGAAGCAAACCAUCUGGGAACUUGAUGGGUGACCCGCUCAAUCUCCAUACACGCGUGAAACCAACAUCUCACCGACCUCGCUAAGAGAUGAACCAGUUUUCGCAUUACUCUUUCCUAACCUGCUCAGAUCGAGCAACCAGAAGAACCAUUCCUUCUUUAGUUGUUAGCAGUAAAAGCUAAAGAUACAAGUCGCUGUGGUAAUACUACUUUGCAUUGCUCACUUAGGCGUCAAUGUGCUCGGGCAGUCGCAGAGGAAUGUCUUUGUGAACCGACCUCCAGCGACGAAUCCCCCUAGAAUUGCAGGGUCUUUCAUCGUGGGUUCUUCGUUGAGAAUCAUUUGGAGCAACAAAGGAAACAGUCUCGAUCUGUUCAUGAAUCAGAUUCUACCAGACGGCAACUCCUCGAGACUCCAAUAUCUCCCAAAUUCGCGUGAGUACAACAUUCCUCGCCAUGCCCAGCUUAUUUCUUUGGGCAUUUUCCAUUUUAGAGUCACAGGUGGUCUUCAAAGCACGACGGAUUACUUGUGGAAAGUUGAUUUCAGUGGUACAGGUGGCAACCCGAAAUUCGACCUCGACUUCUCCCCAACAUUCUACUUUGCACUCGUGGAAGCUGGGGACCCCGUAAUCUCGACUCUCAGUCAAGAAGUGAACUUCACAUACAAUGGGCUGUCAUCUUCCAGCUCGACUCAGACCAUUCUGUCUAGUUCAACAUCAUCUCUCGGGAGUAAUACCGCACCAACCCUUUCAACUGCCCCAUUAGCUACCAUCACGAGCACUGUAUCUCUGCCAACUGCCACUUCUCCUUCAACCUCUUCAGAGUCCAACACAGGUCUGUCCUCGUCUGCAAAGAUUGGGGUUGGAGUCGGUGUUGGGGUCGGAGUUAUUGCUCUCAUUGCUGGCUUUGGAUCUGGAUACUGGUUCUUCGGACGCAAGAGGGCGGCACCACAACAUACAUAUCCCGAGCAAACGUACCACGACAGUCCCCCAGCGAUGAAUCAGAACGCACAGUUCAAACCAGAGCUUGUGUCGCCAGGCCCCAAACAGUUCGAAAGAUCGGAGCUGCAAUGAGGUGGUUUCCAGAACCCAACCCAACCACGCAGCGUCAAGAGAGAGGGGGGAUGACAAUCUCGGGAAGGCUCCUUCUCAGCCCUUGGCUUGAUUAACUCGAUCUAUUUCAUUGUCAAUAUCAACAAUACCCUUCAGCCGGACUCCAAUGCUCUAGCAGGUCAUCGCUUUUCAUCACUUAUCAAAUAAGAGCUUCGACGGAAAUGACUCCACAAAGAAGGUACAGUAGCAGCAUUAGGCUCAUGUGCAAUUAAAUCUCCUUUGGAAGAAUGCAUUGAAAGUCCCUAUGCAUCAUUUCACAAAUCUAAGGACAGCUGAAAUCCGGUUCAUACCUCCACGUAUUGUCACUUUGGUCCUCAGACACCACCAUUGCAGCCUUUUCUGAAUAAAGUGAUGUGAUGUCAUUCUCUUCCGUAGAUGUUGCAGGGAGGGGCCGAGCGAUUCACAAUUUCAGCAAUAACCAGCUAUAUCCCCCCGAAUUAUUAUUUGAAGAAGAUCCAGUCGAAGUUUUUCGUGUCCAGGUGUUGGUUAGUAUGUCGCUCCUCAGAUCCAUACUUG